CACGAGAGGAGGAUCGCAAGGAGAGAAACUCAUGUAGGACCGAAACAUGGGCUGGUCUGCUUCCAUCACAGUCUCACUCUUAAAAGACUGAAGGAUCCCCACCAGAGCUCACAGCACACAUGAGCUGAGAUCCGCGAUGCUCUGGACACCUCCGGACCUCCUGCAGACCCUCUCACUGACUUCAACUUCAACUUCUGCAUGUGCUCCAUCCUCAGAUAUGACAGCCCGUCAUGUCUGGACGUGUUCCGCGCUCAUGAAUUGUUCUUAAACAUUGUUUUGCGCGUAGAGAGAGAGAGAGAGAGACAGAAGUUCACAGAGUGUGAAUGAAGCUCUUUAUUCAUUGAUUAGUGAAUGAACUAAAAAAGAAGACUCACUUUUGCCUGCAGAAGGAGUAAAAAGAAAAGCUAGAAGAGCUUCAUGGAUUUGUGUAUCUGGAACAUUCGUCUUUGACAAAAGAUUGUGAAAGAAACCAGAAAACAACAAUUACAAGUGGAAGGACUUUGGAGAGGAAGAGUGCGUCCGUGCGCAAUUAUCUGGCCAUCAUCUCUCUAGUUUUGAAUAAAAUGAAAGUUUGGACUUUUCUCCAGUGUCUCGCCAUCCUGCUCGUCCUGUGUGUGGGAUCAGACUGCGGGACGGUCCUGAGAAAGACCCGAUCUAAACGCGAGCUGGUGAAGAUCAGAGAAGCCAAAGCGGUCUUCCCGGGGGCUUGUGCCACUCGGCUGCCCCGGGGCAAGCGCUCUUUGCCGGCGCUGGACCGCCGGCUCCCCCGCCACCGCGGCCGCUCCUCUCCGGCGGAGGAUGCGAGCUCCUCUCGGGGGAAAGCCGUGUAUUUCACGGGCAGAGGGGACCAGCUGAGACUCAAGCCCGGCGUGGAGAUACCAAAGGGCAAUUUCACCCUCCAGAUGUGGGUCAAAGCGGAGGGUGGGCAGCGUUCCCCUACCGUUAUAGCUGGUCUCUUCGACAAAUGCUUCUAUGCCUCCAGUGACCGUGGAUGGCUGUUGGGAAUUAAAGCCGUGAGUGAGCAAGGAAACCGCGACCCUCGCUUCUUCUUCUCCCUUAAGACGGAUCGGGCACACAAAGUUACCUCCAUUGAGUCGAAUGCCCGCUACUUGCCCAGCCGCUGGGCACACGUGGCUGUGACUUACGAUGGCCUCUAUAUGAAGUUAUAUGUCAAUGGUGCUCAGACUGCUGUUAGCAGGGAACAGUCAGGUGAUGUCUUCAGCCCCCUUACUAAAAAGUGUAAGGUGCUGAUGGUGGGUGGAAAUGCCUUGAAUCACAACUACAGAGGCUCCGUGGAGCGUGUCGGUUUGUGGCGACAGGCUCUCUCUCAGAGGCAGAUCAUGAGGGACAUGCAUGGACAAGAGGACCCCGAGGACCUGGUCGACCUGGUGAUCCGCGAGACCUUUGAACACCCAGCGCGCAAAUGGCUGGCAGUGAAGGACGGCAGUUUCCCGAUCCCCGAUGAGGGCUCUCGUGCUGGGCUGUGGUCUUUGGACACCACCCUGGAGCCUCCGGCCUGCGGACAGACGGUGUGCGAUAACACCGAAGUGGUGCGCAACUACAAUCACUUCUGGAGCUUCCGUCGCCCCAAAACGGUACGGUACCGCGUCGUGAACGUGUUCGACGACUCCCAGCGCAAACCCACGGUCACAGAUCAACAGAUUCACCUGCAGCAUCAGCAUCUGAAUGAAGCCUUUAGCAUGUACAACAUCAGCUGGGAGUUGACUGUGCACAACGUCAGCAAUUCCUCUCUGUAUAACCGCCUGGUGCUCGCCAACUGUGACAUCAGCAAGGUGGGCGAUGAGGAUUGUGACCCUGAAUGCAACCACACCCUGACCGGCUUUGAUGCCGGUUACUGCAAGCCCAGGACGCGAUGCCCUGAACACAAACAGGGAAACGGUGUCUGCGAUCCAGAGUGCAACUGUGAGAACUACGGUUACGAUAAUGGAGAUUGCUGUAACCCUAGCAUCACCAAUGUGACCAAGACCUGCUUCAAUCCAGCUUCUCAUUUAAGGGCCUAUCUGGAUGUGAAGGAGCUAAAAGAGAUCCUCAAGCUGGACGGUUCAACGCACCUCAAUAUCUUCUUCGCCAAUUCCUCAGAUGAAGACCUGGCUGGAGUUGCUACCUGGCCGUGGGACAAGGAGGCCCUGACGCAUCUAGGCGGUAUAGUUCUGAAUCCGUCUUUCUAUGGUACAUUUGGCCACACUCACACCAUGAUCCAUGAGAUCGGUCACAGUCUGGGACUGUACCAUGUGUUCAGAGGCAUCUCAGAGAUCGAGUCCUGCAACGAUGCGUGUUUAGAGACAGAGCCCUCGCUGGAAACCGGAGAUCUGUGUGCCGACACAAACCCCACACCCAAAUACAAGCACUGCAAGGACCCCGAGCCUGGCAACGAAACGUGCGGCAACCGCAACUUUGUUCACACGCCCUUUAAUAAUUACAUGAGUUACGCAGAUGACGACUGCACUGAUUCCUUUACACUUAACCAGGUGGCUCGCAUGCACUGCUAUCUGGACCUCAUCUACCAAACCUGGCAACCCGAUUACCGGACCCCUCCAGUCCCGAUGGCACCCCAAGUGGUAGAACAGGGACAAAACUUCAUUACUUUAGAGUGGUUUCCGCCCAUCUCUGGCCACUUCUAUGACAGAAGUGGGAUCAGUAUGUGAUAAAUGUUCAGAGGGUCACGUCCUUCUACAGUACGCCUCCAAUUCUUCGUCCCCGCGCCCCUGUUCCCCGUCCGGCCACUGGAGCCCCAGAGAAG